GAUCCUGCUUGACUUGAAGCAAGCAUAAUGUGAUGGAUCUCCAUAGUAGCGUCAUUCGUCUGACGUCGAUGGCUGCCACUUGUAGAGGUUUUAAUAUUUUCAUUUUACUUUUAACUCUUCUUAAUAAUGACGUCGAUGGUUAUCAUGCCGUGGUCGUUAUCCAUGGAGUGCUUACUGGAAGCGACAGUAUGGAACUUAUCAGUAACAGAAUCCAAGAAAUGCAUCCAGGAACCCAGGUUUACAAUAUUCCAAGAUAUGCUGGAUGGAGUAGUUUGGAGUCGAUGUGGCAUCAAGUAGAAGAAAUAGGAAUGGAUAUUAUGUCCAUAGGUGUUGUAUUUCCAGAAGGAAUAAAUUUAAUCGGUUACAGUCAAGGUGGUUUAUUAGCUAGAGCGAUACUACAGAGGUUUCCUAAUCACAACAUCAGGAAUUUCAUUUCAUUAAGCUCACCACAAGCUGGACAAUAUGGGACUCGAUUUUUGCAUUUAUUUUUUCCCGAUUUGGUGUGCGAAACUGCCUAUGAAUUGUUUUAUUCGAAGAUUGGCCAACACACUAGUGUUGGAAAUUACUGGAACGAUCCUCAUCAUCAAGAAUUGUAUUACAAGUAUAGUAAUUUCCUUCCAUACGUGAACAAUGAAAAGAACUCGACGAAAAUGCCGACGUUCAAACAAGGUCUCACCAAGUUGAAACGUUUGGUGCUUGUUGGAGGACCUGACGAUGGCGUUAUUACUCCAUGGCAAAGUAGCCAUUUCGGAUAUUACGACGCUAACGAAACUGUGAUAGAUAUGCGCGAUCGAAGUAUUUAUAAGGACGAUUUAAUUGGAUUAAGGACAUUAAAUGAAAGUGAAAGACUUGUUCUUAUCACAGUUUCAAAUGUCACUCAUAAUGAGUGGCACAAAAAUGUAUCAAUAAUCGACGAUUUUUUAUUGCCAUAUUUAGAUUAAUAUAGUAACUAUAGACGACAUGCAAAAAAUUCCAAAGGCAUUUAGCGUCAAGAGUUCAUUAUAUAUGUCUCGGGAAUAAUUUCCAUACAAAGACGAAUGCAUAAUAUAUUUUUGACAAAAGUGAUUUUUAAGGAAAGAAUUAUCUAUUGAUGCAGCUCAAAUAAUAAAUAUAUAUAUAUUCAUUUUUGUUAAUAAAUGUUUACUGUUUCUUACAACACAAAAUAGAUUAUCUUGAGUAUAUGUCAGGUUCAUUAAGUAUCAUUAAUUUAAGUUUAUAACUUACAAUCCUAUAUAGUAAAUAUAAGUUCGAUGUAGAUUAUUACAUGUCUUAACAAAAUAAUUAAGUAUUCAAAAACUUUUAUUGUGUGUAAAACGAGUGAUGAGAUCAAGAGCCCAUUUUGGCUGAUCACUAGGAACUAAAUGUCCUGCAUUUCUUACUAGGACUUCUGUCAAAUUAUCAACAGUCUUUGAAUAUCCAGCCAACUCAUUUCCAACGUACCAUAUUUUCCUUUGGGUUGUUUUGUACUUCUCUGCUCCAGACCAUUUUAAGUUUUGAAUAUAUUUUUCUGUCAAUGGAUAUGCCACAAUAAUA